AUGGAGAAAAAGAAACCGUGCCCACGACUCCUUGACUACUUGGUGGUGGUUGGUGCAAGGCAACCUAGUAGCGAUAGUGUGGCCCAGACCCCUCAGCUUCUCCGACGAUACCCUCUGGAAGACCACCAGGACUUUCCACUCCCACCAGAUGUGGUGUUCUUUUGCCAACCAGAAGGCUGCCUUAGUAUACGUCAGCGUAGGGUUAGCCUACGCGAUGACUCCUCAUUCGUUUUUACUCUAACUGACAAGGACUCAGGAAUUACUCGGUAUGGAAUCUGUGUCAACUUCUACCGAUCAUUUCAGCGUGGGCAUCAUCGCACCCGUAUGGACAAGAGUGGCCCCACCGAGACUCAAGGAGGGGACAGCACAAGUGAGGGCUCUGAUGGAAGCAGUGGAGGCCAGUCUUCAGGGUUAUCACAAUCCAAUAAAGCUGAGCCAGCGCCUCAGUCUGCUUCUGGAGAGAUUGAACCACCAAAUACUGAUCUAAAUACUGAAAAGCCUGCACAGCUGAGGCGAAAUACUGCAAAGACGGCUGCCAGGAAUCGCAACAGUACAUUGACCUCGUUAUGUAUACUCAGCCACUACCCCUUUUUCUCCACCUUCAGGGAAUGCUUAUAUAUUCUCAAGAGGAUGGUGGACUGCUGCAGUCAGAGGCUAACACAGCGUGCUGGACUGCCCCGUACAUUCCAAAGAGACACAAUGUGGCGAGUGUUUACUGGGGCACUCUCAGUGGAAGAGAAGGGAAGCCAGCUUUUGGCUGACCUACGGGACAUAGAAUCAUGGAUAUACCGAUUGCAACGCUCACCUGUACCAGUGGCAGGCCAGAGGCGUGUGGAUGUGGAAGUGCUGCCCCGUGAAAUGAAACGGUCUCUCACCUUUGCACUGCCUGACAAUUCCCGUUUCUCUAUGGUCGAUUUUCCGUUGCACUUGCCUUUGGAGUUGCUGGGUGUGGAUGCCUGUCUUCAGGUUCUGUCUUGUGUGCUGCUGGAACACAAGGUUAUUCUCCAGUCAAGAGACUAUAAUGCUUUAUCCAUGAGUGUAAUGGCAUUUGUGGCCAUGAUCUAUCCCCUGGAGUACAUGUUCCCUGUCAUUCCUUUAUUACCAACAUGCAUGGCCUCAGCUGAACAGCUGCUUCUUGCACCUACUCCCUACAUCAUCGGUGUACCAGCUAGCUUUUUCCUUUACAAAUCUGACUUCAAAAUUCCUGAUGAUGUGUGGCUUGUGGAUCUAGAUAGCAGCAGGGUAAAGGCACCUACAAAUGCUGAGAUUCUACCACCUCUUCCUGAGCCUGAAGCUGGCGAGCUUAAAAAACAUCUGAAGCAGGCCUUGGCGAGUAUGAGUUUGAACACCCAGCCCAUUUUGAACCUAGAGAAGUUCCAAGAAGGCCAGGAAAUGCCCUUUCUUCCCCCUGGACGUGAUAAAGCUUCACCAUCAUCCACUGAGUUCAACCCCCUCAUUUAUGGCAAUGAUGUUGAUUCGGUGGAUGUAGCCACCAGAGUGGCCAUGGUACGGUUCUUCAACUCUCAGAAUGUUCUCCACGGUUUUCAACUUCACACAAGGACCUUGCGCCUCUUUCCACGUCCUGUGGUGGCUUUUCAGUCAUCAUCUUUUCUCGCUUCUCGGCCGAGGCGAUCUGGUUUUGCUGAUAAGCUUUCCCACACCCAAGCAGUGGAGUUCUAUGGAGAGUGGGCUCUCAAUCCCACUAAUCUUGCGUUUCAGAGAAUUCAUAAUAAUGUGUUUGACCCAUCAUCAAUUGGUGAUAAACCUAAGUGGUAUGCUCACCAGCUCCAGCCGGUGGUUUAUAGAGUUUUUGAUGGAAGUUCCCAGCUGAUCGAGGCUAUGGCAAGUCCAUUUGAGGAUGAGAGCAAUGAUUCUGACCCCACCGACAGUGGUAGUGACAGCGAGGCAUAUGACGACUCUAGCUCAUCCUACUCUUCACUUGGAGACCUCGUGAGUGAGAUGAUUCAAGGAGACAUUCAGGGAGACACACCAAGCCUACAGCCACAUACACAUGCUGCCCUAGGAGAUGCAAGUGAGGUGGAGUUUCAAGACUUCCAGGAUUUAAGAGAAGGCUCAGAUGCUCCAUCCGGCGGGGAUGGUCCUGGCGAAACAUCCGAUGGACAGCCCCUUCGCUCAAGCUCCAGCACAACUGCAAGCUCCAGCCCCAGCACAAUCAUCCAGGGAGAACAAGGGGAAGCACCUGAUAGUGAAGCACCAGCUGGUUCUGGCCCACCCAACCCGGUCCUAGGAGUUAUCAGCCAGCCCUCUGUCAGAUCAGCAACUGAAACUGGUCCGGUGGAUGCAGCUAUAAAAAAACGAGAGUAUGACAACCCAUAUUUUGAGCCUCAGUAUGGCUUCCCCUCUGAAGAUGAUCCUGAUGCCGAAGAGCAAGUGGAGUCAUACACCCCUCGAUUCAGCCAGAACCUCAAUGGCAACAAGGCACAGCGACCUUCACGUCCCAGUAGUCUGAGGCUCCCUGGAGAGUCUGAUGGUGAGGGUGACAGCUCACCAAACUCAACCAUUUCCAACAGCAGUAAUGAUGGAUUUGGGGGACUAAUGUCUUUUGCAAGUAAUCUUUACAAGAAUCACGGCACCAGUUUCAGUCUGUCCCAUCUUGCUCUACCAAACAAAGCUGCAAGAGAGAAAUCGACACCUUUUCCCAGCCUCAAAGUAUUUGGGCUAAAUUCUCUAAUGGAGAUUAUAACAGAGGCCGGCCCGGGCAGCGGAGAAGGUGCACGUGCGCCUCGGGCACUUGUGGACCAGAAGUCUUCCGUAAUCAAGCACAGCCCUACUGUGAAGAGAGAACCACCCUCUCCACAGGGUCGUAUAAAUAACACAAGUGAAAACCAGCAAUUUUUAAAGGAGGUUGUGCAGAGUGUCCUGGAUGGACAAGGUGUUGGCUGGCUCAACAUGAAAAAAGUGCGCCGCCUGCUGGAGAAUGAGCAGCUCCGCAUUUUUGUUCUGAGUAAGCUCAACAGAGCCAGCCAGUCAGAGGAGGACUCCAGACAGGAAAUCAUACGAGAUGUAGAGGUGAGCAGGAAGGUAUACAAGGGCAUGCUGGACAUAUUGAAGUGUACAGUCUCCAGUUUGGAGCAUUCCUAUACAAAUGCAGGCCUAGGAGGGAUGGCCAGCGUCUUCAGCUUAUUGGAGAUAGCACGCACACAUUAUCAAACCAAAGACCCUGAAAAGCGCAAGCGAAGCCCUACAGAUAGUGCCGACAGCCCGGGGAGUAAAGAGAGUCCAACCGGUCGUAUGGAGACUGCCAGACCACAAGGUCUUCUGACCAUUCCUCACCUGCAGCUGCCACAUCACACAACGGGCAGGGGAACCCGGCAUUUUGACACCCGGAGCCUGAAUGAAGAGAACUUUAUUGCCUCGAUUGAAUUGUGGAGCAAGCACCAGGAUAAGCAAAAAUCUAUGGAAAAACCACAGAGGGCUGAAGGCACAAAACAUCACCGCUCCCAGGUGACUGAUGCAGAGGAGAAGAAAUCUCAGAUAAGUGCUGAUAGUGGUCUCAGUGUCACCUCGGGCUCUCAGAAGAGUGACACAGAAUCUGUAACAAGCUCCGAACCGCCUAUCUUGACAAGAAGUACCAGCCAAGACUCCGAAGCAAGCACAAUAAGCAAUAGUUCUGGAGAAACUCUGGGUGCUGACAGUGACCUGAGCAGCACAGCGGCAGAUGGCAUGGGUGGGAGAAGUGCUUUACAUUUAACCCAGUCCAGAGGGACCCUCUCUGACAGUGAGAUUGAAACAAACCCUGCUACCAGUUCAGUCUUUGGAAAGACUCACACAUUGAAACCCGGGGCAAAAGAACAAACAUCAGCAAAAGGGGUGCCUACUCAACCAAUGGAGGACCUUAGUAUGAGGAUCUAUCUUUGUGAAGGCCUGCUGGGCCGUGAUAAGAGCUCCGUUUGGGAUCAACUAGAGGAUGCUGCCAUGGAAACCUUUUCGCUAAGUAAGGAGCGCUCAACACUGUGGGACCAGGUGCAGUUCUGGGAGGACGCCUAUUUGGACGCUGUCACAUUAGAGCGUGAGGGCAUGGGAUUGGAUCAGGGACCCCAAGAGAUGAUCGAAAGAUACUUGUCAUUGGGAGAACAUGACCGCAAGCGUCUGGAGGACGAUGAGGACAAACUCCUAGCUACGCUACUUCACAAUAUGAUUGCAUACAUGCUCAUGCUAAAAGUGAACAAAAAUGACAUCAGGAAGAAAGUGAGGCGCCUAAUGGGCAAGUCCCACAUUGGCCUUUCCUACAGCCAAGAGAUCAAUGAGUUGCUGGACAAACUGACCCAAAUGAAUGGCCGUGAAUUGCAUAUCAGGCCCUGCGGAAGCCGUCAUAUCAAGAAGCAAACCUUUGUUGUACAUGCUGGUACUGAUACCAACGGGGACAUUUUUUUCAUGGAGGUUUGUGAUGACUGCAUAGUCCUUCGCAGCAACAUUGGCACGGUUUAUGAGCGUUGGUGGUACGAGAAGCUCAUCAACAUGACUUACUGCCCCAAGACCAAGGUUUUAUGUCUCUGGAGACGUAACGGCCAAGAAACGCAACUUAAUAAGUUCUAUACCAAAAAGUGUCGUGAACUCUACUACUGUGUAAAAGAUAGUAUGGAAAGAGCUGCUGCCAGACAGCAAAGUUCCAAACCAGGUCCAGAGCUCGGUGGAGAAUUUCCUGUUCAAGAUAUGAAAACCGGUGAGGGGGGAUUACUUCAGGUCACCUUGGAAGGAAUCAAUCUGAAGUUCAUGCACAGUCAGUUCCUGAAACUAAAGAAGUGGUGA